AUGGAGCUCAGCUACACACCGAUUUUCCACUUGUCCAUGGUCAUGUUCUUCUCCAUUGUGGGGAACAUGUUUUUUCUUUUCGUUUUAUGGCGUGGCAAGGUGGUGCAGCGGAGGCGGUUGUCACCUGUCCAGGUAAGGUGCUGUUUUUGAUAUUAAUAGAAAUUGAAUUUAAAAUUCGAAAAAGAGACUUUUAAUUAAAAUAAGAAACAAAAACAAAAUGUAAUUUCAACUUGGGAUCUCGAGUAAUUCUCAAUUAAAAUGUGAUGGAAUCUCUGUACUUUUUCAAAAAGAUCGUAUGAAAAAUAGCGAAAUGCACUGUCUCCUGCGACCAAAAGUCUACGCACUUUUGAAAAAAAGUAUUACAACGAACUCACGUACAACGAAACAUGUUUAUAACAACUGCAAGGUUGGUAAAUUUUUUGGCCAAGAUGGAUUCAAAAGGCCUUUCACCAUAACCUUUCUAUGAGAAAUAUUUUUUUUGGUCCAUCACGUUUAGUUGUACAUAAGUUUUACUAAAUCUUUUAUACAUCCACAAAAAUUUAGUCAAAAAAAUUUAGUCAUCCAAAAAAAAUAUUAACUCAUAACUUGACUGUUUUUUUUCAGCGUCUUCUCAUCCACACAUGCGCUGCCGAUUUAUGGUUCGCGUUGAUCUCACUGGGCACGGAAAUCUACAUUCUUCUACAGUACCCCAGUUUCCCUGGGCCUCCAAUCAUCUGUAAAUUUGUCCGGUACAUCCAAGCCGUACCUCUCUACGCCUCACCUUUUUUGUUGGUGGCUAUCAGUGCGGAUCGGUAUCAGGUGAGGGAAAAAAAAUUUUUUUUGAUUGGCAAUACGACUUUUCUAAUCUUAAUUACUUCUAACAUUAGUUUUCUUGACCCUGACCCAUUGUAACAUAGAGAAGUCCAGAACUUGCUCCAAAAACAAAGAUCUCUCAGUUUGAUCAGGAUAUUAUUGAAGCAAUACAUGCAAAAUACCUCAAAAUAUGUGGUAAACUAUCCUAAGUCGCACUCAAUCGGACUAUUUUUAUUAAUGAAGCCUUCUCCUAACUGUUAUCAUGCAUAUAACCACAAAUCGACCCAAAAUAUCGUUGACCCGAACCGUUGUUGACUCUAAACGUUAAAUCAUAAUUUUAGUUACCCACUUUAUCCUUUAUUUCCCCCAUUUUCAGGCCAUUUGCAAGCCACUUGCCAACUACCGUCGGAACAAAAGCCCCAAAUUCUACGGGACAAUUUCCUGGGCCUUGGCCAUCGCUUUCGCCAUGCCUCAGUACAUAAUUUGGAAAGGGUAAGUUGAAAAAGCAUUUCCGGCUUCCAAAUCCCUGUAAUUUUUGCCGCUUUUAUAGCGCCAUUUCCGGCUCGUGACAUAAUAUUUUUAUGUCACUUUACGUGGAAAUCCGAGGGCAUUUUCGGUGGCCCGAAAACAAAGAACCGACCUUUUGCGGAUGUUUUCUUUGCCAAGGAAGAAUUUUAAUUACAGCAGAAUUGUAUUUGUGAAAGAUAUGAGAAUUAUGGGCGAAAAAUUUAAAAAACGAAAAAAAUUAAAAUUUUGAUUUUUUAAAAAUUUCAAAAAAUUAAAAAUUAAAUUUCUCAAAAAUUUUAUCGUUGGAUUUUCAUUAAAUUUUGUACACUUACUGUAAAUAGCUCUCGUCUCGUCUACUGAGAAUUUUAGUUCGCACUUUGAAAGGAAAGCCGAGAUAUUCAACGGCCUUUGGCAACCCAGAGACUAUGGAAAAUAAGGAGAAACGGGGAAAACAGACAUUUUCGGACUAUUUGUUUUUUAAUUUCGCAUUAAAAAACAUUAUUUACUAUAUCGAGAAAAAGGGCUCUAUGAAAAGAAUGCGACGAUUUUUUUAAUUUUGAAAAUUUUAAAAAAAAUUUUAAUUUUGAAAGUUUUUCGCCUUCAAAAUUCUCGGCAAAGCGCGAGCUAAAAAUUUUGCGUAUGCCUUAAAGGUUUUAAACAAAAUCUUGGGCAAGUUUUACCUAAAUUCCAAACAUUUUUUUUGAUUAGAAUUUCAAAAUUUCAAAUUUUUUCGGCGCAGAUAAAAAAUUCCAAAAAAAAUUUUUACAAGUUUCAUCAAAAUCAGCAAAAAUUUUUUUCACCCUCAAAUUUAGUCAUCAUUAUCCAUUUUUCAGCGGGAACAACCGCUGCAGCACCAUCUACGGAGUGGAGUCCUCGCUUCGGACCGGCUACGUGAUCUACUUCACCUUCCUCGCAUGGCUGAUUCCCACUUUUAUGAGCGCCUACUACUACAUUCAGAUUGGUUUUGCGGUCUGCAAGUCCAAAAAAUUAAUUGAAUGUGCGGACCGGACCACAAAUUAUCAGCACUCGGAAUCGAUGUCGCAAAUGAGUAAUGGGACAAAAGAAUAUGUGGAGAGGCUUCGCAAACGCUCGGAAGGAUUCAAAACGCAGCGGUCGGAGUUCGAUCGAAAACGAAAUCGCACCGUUUUGCUGACAUUGAUCAUUGUGGUGCUCAAUUUGAUGCUGUGGGCGCCGUUUGUGUGCGCGAAUUUUGCUCAAAUAUGGUUCCCGGAGUGGCUGAGUAAGUUUUUUUAAUAUUUAACAUAAAUUUUAAAAAAAAGUUUUUUGAAAUUAAAAAAAUUUAGAAAAAAAAAUUUUUUUUUAAUUUUACAAAUUUUUAAAAAAAUCUGCGUAAUCACUCUAGCUGACUGACAAAUCAAUAGUGAAAAAAAAAUUUAGCCCACAAAUUUAUCCCAUAGCCGAGAAAUUCAACGAUCUUUUUGCGAGAGAGCACGCAAAAUUAGGAGAGUCGGACAGACAAUACCAGUUUUUCGCCUGUAUCUUUGCGAAUUUCGCUUUGAAAAACUUGAUUUUUUGUAGGAAUAUUUUACUUUGUCAGUAGCGAUUUUCAAAAGCAAAAAUUUCAAAAAAGCGCAAAAAAAUUUUUUCAUUUUUGAAAAAAAUCUCAGAAAUUACAGUUAAGUUAAUUUUGAGGCCAAAAAUCUGGGAUAUGGCAUAAAAAAAUUGUGGUUUUAAUUUGCACCAAGUUUGGAGAAAAUUGAAGGUGAAAUUUUUUCUACUCAAAAAACGGGAUGUUUUGAAAAAAACUGCAAAAGUUUUGCAACUUACAUUGUUAAAUUGUUUCUACUGUAGAAUGCAAUAUCUUUACAGGAAAUCAACUUUUUCCGCGCAAAACUGGCAAAGAUAUAGCCAAAAAUUGUGUUUUUUUUCUCUGCCCGCUCUCAACUUUCACGUGUUCUCUUAGAGCGAGCUAAAAAAUUGAGAAAUUGAGACUAGAUAGCUUCUGAUUGAAAUUUAAUCUCUAAAUUAACAUUAUCUCUCUUCAGGUCCCUUCACCAUCACGCUGAUGGCGCUGUUCGGCAACCUGAACUCGUGCGUCAACCCCUACAUCUACAUAAUCUUCAACUGGAAGACGGUGAAGCAGGUUUUUUGCGCGUGCGGAAAGGAGAACGGCCGGCCCUCCUCCUACCGCAGCAACACCUCCACCCUGAAUGGGCUGGAGAACGGCGUGAAUAACAACGGGUACCUGAAGCACGUCAGUUUCGAGGCCUCGUCGCCGGACAAGCUCAAGACCGAUCGGACCUGGCUCUCGCAAUGCUCGUUGCUCCCCAAAAACUGA